UUCCGCUGCUGCCACGUCUUCUAAAUGAAGACUGACAAAGAGCGAACCGCACUUUUGCUUUCCUCCGCUGAUGAGGCUUCGCCUUGAUGAAUGGUUCCUCGUUAUUUUUUACGCAAAUCCGGGACCGACUCCUGCGUGAUGCUGCUCACAAAGGUUCAACCUUGGCCGUCAAAAGCAGGGCUGCCCGGGUAUAAAACGGUGCGGCAAAGUGCAGGAGGUAGCUCAGUCGACCCAAGUCCGUCCUCGAGUCCGAAACAUGCAGUCCGCAGCUUUGCUCCUCGUGCUCCUCGUCGUUGGAGUCGCGCUCGCCCUGCCUGCCGAACCCAUGAUGAUGAUGAUGAUGAAGCCGGCCGCCGACAUGCAGCCCAUUGCUCGAGUCACUGGUAUGGACAAGAAGACGGACAAGGCGGACACCAAGAAGGCUGAAGCAGGAGGAAUGAACAAGAUGGGUGAUAAAACGGCCUCAGAAAUGAGCGGCGCCGACAGGAAGUCUUCGGAUGACCCUUCCUCUUCUGAAAAUAACAAGUACUUCCCUUGCGAAGUGGGCAAAGUGUGGUUCAGGAAGGAGUGCGUCUCCACCAUCACCUGGUCCAACGGCAACACCUACUACUACGGCCGAUGAGUGCCAAUUACCCAGAUUUGUUCGUUCCUCUCUAUUUUUCCGGAUUAGCAAUAAACUCUACUAGAAUUAUUCAAA